UGCGCACGCGCGCCCCCGCGCCCGGCCACACCCUCUUCCGCCGUUCCCGCCCAGCGCCCUCGCUCCCGGGGUGUCGCCCUGCGUGCGCCGGAGUCGCCGAGGUCGUCCCCGGCACCGGAAGUGACCCUGGCGGGUUUGUCUUCAAAUUCUUGGCGAACAGAAGCCGCGCCGGCAGGUGGUGGUGACUUCUGAACUGGGCAGUACUGGGGCCGUGAGCGGAGAGCAAGGUGGGCUGGACUGGGUCAGGCCCUCCUUCCUCGCUUCCAGGACCUCCAUUCGGCCAAUACCCUGUGCCUGGCGUUGGGCGGUUUCCCGAGGAGCUUGGGCCGCCGCAGCUUACAGUUGAACAUGAGUCUUCUUAUGAUUAGUGAGAAUGUAAAAUUGGCUCGUGAAUAUGCAUUGCUGGGAAACUAUGACUCUGCGAUGGUCUAUUAUCAGGGAGUUCUUGACCAAAUGAACAAGUAUCUGUACUCAGUCAAAGAUACAUACCUCCAGCAGAAAUGGCAACAGGUUUGGCAGGAAAUAAAUGUGGAAGCUAAACAUGUUAAAGAUAUCAUGAAAACACUAGAGAGCUUUAAACUAGACAGCACUCCCUUGAAGGCAGCACAGCAUGACCUUCCAGCUUCUGAGGGAGAAGUCUGGUCCAUGCCUGUACCUGUUGAACGAAGACCCUCACCAGGACCUAGAAAACGCCAGUCUUCUCAGUACAGUGACCCUAAAUCACAUGGUAAUCGUCCAGGUACAACUGUCAGAGUUCACCGUUCAUCUGCACAGAAUCUUCACAAUGACAGAGGGAAAGCUGUUCGUUGUCGUGAAAAGAAAGAACAGAAUAAAGGAAGAGAGGAAAAGAACAAAUCACCUGCUGCAGUAACAGAACCAGAGACAAAUAAAUUUGACAGUACCGGAUAUGAUAAAGACUUAGUAGAAGCUUUGGAAAGAGAUAUAAUUUCCCAGAAUCCCAAUGUUCGAUGGGAUGAUAUCGCUGAUUUAGUAGAAGCGAAAAAGUUGCUUAAGGAAGCCGUAGUGUUACCAAUGUGGAUGCCUGAAUUCUUUAAGGGCAUUAGAAGACCAUGGAAAGGAGUACUGAUGGUCGGCCCACCUGGCACAGGGAAGACGCUCCUUGCUAAAGCAGUAGCUACAGAAUGCAAGACAACAUUCUUCAAUGUCUCUUCAUCAACUCUGACUUCCAAAUACAGAGGAGAAUCUGAGAAGCUUGUUCGUCUUCUGUUUGAAAUGGCUCGAUUUUAUUCUCCAGCCACCAUAUUUAUUGAUGAGAUAGACUCCAUUUGUAGUCGCCGAGGGACUUCUGAAGAACAUGAAGCAAGCAGAAGGGUGAAAGCGGAGCUGCUUGUUCAAAUGGAUGGUGUUGGAGGUGCUUCUGAAAAUGAUGACCCUUCCAAAAUGGUUAUGGUUCUGGCAGCUACGAAUUUUCCCUGGGAUAUAGAUGAGGCUUUAAGACGACGCCUUGAGAAACGAAUCUAUAUUCCUUUGCCAUCAGCAAAAGGCAGGGAGGAGCUAUUACGAAUAAGUCUACGUGAGCUGGAAUUGGCUGAUGAUGUUGACCUUGCAAGUAUAGCAGAAAACAUGGAAGGUUAUUCAGGUGCGGACAUUACCAACGUGUGCAGGGAUGCGUCCUUGAUGGCAAUGAGAAGGCGCAUUGAAGGUUUGACUCCAGAGGAAAUCCGAAAUCUGUCCAAAGAAGAAAUGCACAUGCCUACAACUAUGGAGGAUUUCGAGAUGGCUUUAAAAAAGGUUUCUAAGUCAGUGUCUGCUGCAGACAUUGAAAGAUAUGAGAAAUGGAUAUUUGAGUUUGGAUCAUGCUAAAUUCUCACAUGUGAAUUGUGAGAAAUGUGCCUUAAGUGUUUGAAUAUUAAAUGUAGUAAUUCAUUGCACUGAGUGCUAUAUUUUUUUUAACUUUCAUAAUGGUAAGAUUUUUUUUUAAACCUGUAUGAUUCUGAAUAAAGGCAGUAUUUUUAAGCUGAAAAUUUGUUUUACUUUAGCAUUACUAGAUUUCUAUUUCACUGACCACAAAUGUUACAACACAAAUGUUACUUAGCUUGGAAAGCUGUCUUUUCUUUUUUUUCUUUGCUUUUUCUAUUUUUUUCAAGACUGUGUUUCUUCCAACUGAACUGGCCAUUCAUAUUGGGAUUAGCCAACAGACCAUAAGAAAGACAUCAAUCUUGGCUCUUGUUUGAAACCAACAGCUACAAUGGCAAACCACCACCUGUCUUGAUUCAGGGCCUAGGAAAGCUGUCUUUAUACGCACUUCUAACUUGGCAUCUUCUCUCCCACUGUUUGCUGCUGUCACUCCUUAUAGGGAGGAAAAAAUUGGCUCUAGCUCCAGUUAAACUUUACCCAUUGCCUCUGGGUGCCAGUGGAUAACCGAAAAUCCUGGAACAUUUUUACACAGUAGCUAAUUAAAGCAUGAGCCAAGCCCAUAACACCUGGUGUUAUGGUAGCUUCCCUUCACCUCCUGGAGAGUUUUAAAGACACAUUUUACUUUGCAUUUUAAAAAGAAAAAAUAAAAGUCUUACUUGACUUUGAUUUUGCCUACAUAAAAGGCUGCACUAUAGGCAAAUAGGCAUUUCUAAACCUGUGCUGCUCAUAGUACUCUAAUCACUCAUUAACUCAUGCAUACUAAACAUAGCUAAAGUAAUAUUUAAUGGUAUAAGUUAAUAAGUGAAAUGAAAGUUAAUGGUAUAAAAUUUAGGUAAGAUUUCCAUGUGUGACUACUUAGAAAAAAAUAAUUUACCAUGUUAUCACAACCAUAGAAAACAGAGCCUCAGGAGAUUGCGGACCUUGCUAUGGUCCCAAGUCUUAUUGAGAAAGAAAGAAGCCCGGAUAGGGAUCUGCUGACUGCAAAGUCUACACUCUCCAAUAGACCAUGUAGCCUCCUAAAGUUUUUUCUUCACUAGAAUCUGUAAGCUUAUGCUUAAUAGAUAAAAUAAGACCAUGUCAUCAUUUGGAGUUAGAACUGGUGCUUUCUAAUAACUUACGGAAUGAGAAAGGGUAUAAAGAAAAAGUGUUACUAGCUGGUUAACUCUAGGAUCAAAUUAUAAGUUGCAGGCUAUUUUUUUUUUCAGCAGUAUUCCAUGCAAUGUAACAAUUAAAGUCUGGCAAAAUGAAACAUCACUCCUUCAUUCUACUUCUUGUCAUCCUCUCCACCCCCACCACACACAUACCUGUUUGGGCUAAAUAUAAAGUGGUCUCAAAAAAA